GUAUAUCGCGUUAGUGUAUGUUUUGCGUUUGAGCAACGUUGAGGUUUGUUGUGGAGCGUGUGUUUGCGCGAGAGGCUUCCACGUGCCUCGUGGCUUGUUGCGCUAGUGUUUACAUUAGUGCAGCACAGCAAAUUGUGUUUAUAUCGGCAGGACACUAGCAGAAAUUUAAAUACAGGAUGUUAAAGCACGUGCAGCUCAGUCCAUUUCGGACCAGAGCGGACACACUGAGCCUCAGCUCCACGGCCAGCUACUCCAGCCUGAGUCCGGAACCAUUGUCAAGUCGCUCCUCCAGCUACUCAUCCCUCAGCGAGUCCUCGCCCGCGACGACCAUCAAGGUCUACGCUCGUUGUCUGCGUCCGGACAUCGAGUACAAGACUCUCAGCAUCACGUUUCAGACGACCUGUCGCGAGGUUGUGACGUCCCUCCUCAACAAAUACCGCAUGCGUCAUCGUGACCCUAAUUUGUUCUACCUCACCAUGGAGGUCACUGUCAGGAAAGCAGGGGUGAGGACAGUCCUUGUGCUGGAUGAGGACGCACGUCCCGCAGUCCUGCAGUCUUGCCACCCUCGAGGUGACUCUCGCUUAUCGCUGCAGACACGACGUGGCGGCCUCGUCAAGAUAUACGACAGUGUCCUCAUGCCAGGGUCCCAGUACAAGAGCCUUCUGAUCUCGGACCGCACGACAGUGGACGAGCUGAUACAGAUCCUACUCAACUGCUACAAUAGCAAGGAACGUGUUGAACAGUUCUCCUUGUAUGAGGUGUGCCGCAGUCAGGAGUACCAACGUAAACUGCACCCUGAUGACUGCCCUCUCAACGUACAGCACUGUUGGACCAUCCCCAAUGAAUUCCACUUCCUCAUCAGACGCAACCUGGACUUCAGGCCUCGCAGAAAGGGCCCAUGGACUCCAGAGCUGCCAUCUAUACCAUGUUCCUCCCGACAAAGUCAACCAGCCACAUCACAACAGAGCUCCUUGAUGAAUGAGACACCAACUAAAAGUUUAAGCAGUUCAUCGUACGCGGAUUAUGAGAACUACUUUUAUAUAUGAGCAUCUCUUCAGAAGAGAAACUGUGUGAAAUCUAGUUGUGCUGGCUGUGAAGAAGAUAUGGAACUGGAUGAUGCAUUGGAACAUGUGAAAGUAACGUGGACGAGAAGUGGAUGCUAGGACCGAAACGAAGCAGCUAUGAAGAAAGAUAAUGUCUGAUAGAAGUGGGAAAUAACACAUAUUUGUUACCAAAGGAUGGUUAAUGUGAUUGUGUAUGGUAAUACUAAUAUAAAGACUAAUUUUCAUUACAUGUUUAGGAGCAGAUGGUGCAUGAUGUUGUGUUGUGACAUUUUAAUGUGUUUGAAUUUAUAGACCUCAUUUAUUACAAUAAUAAGCCCCUCCCAAAAUUCCGAGCCAAUGUUAUUCUGUCAAACCGAUACGUAGUAGUUUUGUUAGGCGCGGUAAUUAGUGUAUUAAUUAAAGAAAACAUAAACAAAGUAGGCAUCAGUGCAUGUUGAUUGUGGACUUGUGGCUUGUGGUGUAGUAUAGCCUUAUAGAUGGUGUUUCAAAAGAAUAUAGCACCUCCAUCUUCAGGGUAGAGAACAAGACUACAAAGUGUCACAACCUGUAAGACCAUAGAAGAUAUCUUCACUGCUCUGAGAACCUUGAAUCUCAGAAUUCAGUUCAGAUGUACAUAAAUACACGUGAUUUGAAUGUGAAUUGUUAUGAAGAUUUUUGUUACCAAAUUAAUCAUUUAAUUAUCCGUUCUGUUCGUAUU